AUGACGAAAACGUUCAAAAGAAUUCAAAAAAAAAAAAAAACAAAAGCGAAAGAUGGUAAAUGUUUAGCGUGUACGUUCAGAGCAAAAUAUAUCGAAGUGUCCGUAGGUAUAAAUCACAACAUAGACGAACUUUUAGUCGGAAUAUUAAAUCAAAUAAGAUUAAAAUUAUCAAAUGCAAAACUCGAAGAUCCGGAAUCGUCACAGGCACACUGGUACAAAUCCAGGGGCGUAGUUAAAGCGAGCCUUAAAGCUAGGCAAAUGUUCACGUGGUUGUUUGGAAAAGAAGACUCUAAAUUUAAAAAUUGUGAAAAUUUACACGUGCUCUAA